GUUCGGCAAAAGCGGAGACAGCCCAGCUGCCCAGGUCCUCUCGCCGGGGCCGCGGGGCGGGACGUCUCGAAAAUCUUGGCGGCUGACACAUGCAAGUGUACAGUAGGCGAGUCGACCCCAGGUCCCCCAAAAAGUUCCCAACAUUUAUUUGCGGCCGGAUCCAACUUUGAAAGUGUCAAAACUCCCCGAUCCAAACCAAAGGCGUUCCAUCAUCAUCGACUUUCGCCGACAGUCCGUACGCAAUGGAUAAGGUUGCCGAGAUCUGGGGCACUGUCCCUCAAUAUGGCCAAUGGGCCCUUGCUGGCAUCGGCGCCCUUUACGUCGCUACUCGCGUCGGCGCUUUCCUCCAGCUGCUCCUUAACGCUUUCAUCCUGAGCGGCACCAACCUCCGCAAGUAUGGCAAGAAGGGCACCUGGGCUGUUAUUACUGGUGCCUCCGAUGGUCUCGGAAAGGAGUUCGCCCAGCAGCUCGCCUCCAAGGGCUUCAACCUCGUUCUCGUCUCUCGCACCCAGUCCAAGCUGGACGUCCUUGCUAGGGAGCUCGAGCUCAGAUGGGAUGGUUUCAAAGCCAAGACUUUCGCCAUGGACUUCUCCAAGGACGACAAUUCCGACUAUGAGCGUCUCGCCGAGCUCAUCAAGGGCCUCGACAUUGGUAUCUUGAUCAACAACGUUGGCCAGUCCCACAGCAUCCCCGUUCCUUUCCUCCAGACCGACCGCGACGAGCUCCAGAACAUUGUCACCAUCAACUGCCUCGGCACACUCAAGACCACCAAGGUUGUCGCUCCCAUCCUCGCCCAGCGCAAGAAGGGUCUUAUCCUUACCAUGGGCUCUUUCGCCGGUGUUAUGCCCACCCCCUACCUUGCCACCUACAGCGGCAGCAAGGCGUUCCUCCAGCACUGGAGCAGCGCUCUCUCUGCCGAGCUCAAGGACCAGGGCGUCGAUGUCCACCUUGUUGUCAGCUACCUCGUUACCACUGCCAUGAGCAAGAUCCGCCGCACCAGCCUCCUCAUCCCCAACCCCAAGCAGUUCGUCCGCGCUGCUCUCGGCAAGGUUGGCCUCAACAGCUCCGAACCCUUUCCCAACACCUACACCCCCUGGUGGAGCCAUGCUGUGUUCAAGUGGGUGGUUGAGAACACUGUUGGUGCCUACAGCUACUUUACCCUCAGGCUGAACAAGAACAUGCACAUCGACAUCCGCGACCGCGCUCUCCGCAAGGCCGCUCGUGAAGCCAAGAAGCAGUAAGCGCAUAUCGCAGCUUCUAGCUACCAUGCUGCUCACGUGAAGCUGGGAAGGAGCAUGGACUUGUGGCAUGAUGGGCUCUAGCCAAAAGACACCUUCUAUUAGGCUGCGGUACACCCACCCUUGGGACCGUGUAUCUGUUGUAUAGAAAAUGGGGAACUUCGCCCCGUUUUGAGCAGACGAGUUCAUGCUGUGAGUGGAAUGUACAGAAAAGUUAAAAGAUGAUAAUUGAACGAUGAUCAUGAAGCAACUAUAUCUUUGCAUAAUAUUUUCUUGGUAUAGAUCAAGAGCAGUUGCUGUCUGCCGUUGAUAUUCAGAGUUGCAAAUCCGACUUCUGGUGACGGGCAUUCGAUGACGUUCUCGACGAUGAUUGGACGGUUUUGAUAUUUCAUAGGCGGUAGAAAAACAUGCUUCCAAAAGGAGGUUAGCGCCUCUUCUGUGGUCCAACUCCAUGCUCCAGCACACAGGCGCGUCCAAAAUUCGCGUUUCAGG